AACAGAUGAAGAUAGAGACAAACUUAAAGAAGAGCUACGUCUGAUGCUUGAAAUACCUCGCCAUGACAACGUAGUUGCAACAUUGGGACAAUGUAACUCGAAAGAUGGGCCAAUGAUAAUUGUUGAAUAUCUUCCACUUGGCAACUUACGAGAUUACCUGAGAGACAAUAAAGAAAAAUAUAUAUCUAAUCCUCAAUGUGGGCAGGAACUUAUUAGGUUUUCCCUUGAUGUAGCUAAAGGCAUGGCACUUCUUUCAUCAUUGAAGCUUGUACAUCGUGACUUGGCAGCUAGGAACGUGCUUCUAGAUGCAAACAAAGUUUGUAAAGUUUCUGACUUUGGCCUCUCGCGUGAUGUGGGGGAAAGAGAUAUCUACAACAGAAGUUCGACGGGUCCUCUGCCAAUUCGCUGGCUGGCUCCUGAAGCUUUGUUUCACAACAUGUACUCCACCAAGAGUGAUGUCUGGGCGUAUGGCAUUCUUA